UCGCUAUGCACUCUGGGAAUAACAGUUCAUGCCACAUCACAUGACAUUUGCAAAUUUUAGAUUUCGGUAAUCGACGGUGUCGGAGAUGGUCUUCGAGCGUGUGAUGAGGCUCACAAAAUUAUCAAUUUGUUCGUCGUUUGAAGCCAUUAAUAACUAUCACUUGGCUUUACGCCAUGGAUGCCAGAAAUGAUUAAUUGACAUUACUACGUGUUGUUAGCUAGCUAGAUAACUUGCUAAAUUAGCUAACGUUGACUUGUAAUUUGAAUGAGAGAAAGGUCUGAUGCUAGCUAGCUAACUUUUAUGAAAAGCUCGUCGCUAUGUGUAGUUAGCUAAUUUACUGUUGUUGGCUAGCAAUGCCAGGGGCUAGCUAGCAAAAUACAGACAUUUGAUACAAUGGUGUUCAGCUAACGUUAGAGCUGAGUGGAGCUUGCUUGGUCUAACUUACUCAAAAUGCUCAGUUAUUUAGUAGGUAGCUAAGUUACUUGCAAUAACGUUAAGUAAACCAUUUAUAUUGCUUGCUUGUUAGCUACCUAGCUUUCUAUUGCAGUUUUAAAACCAGAUAAAGUUAGCAAACGUUAACAAGGAUUAACUACUUCCUUGAGAAGUCUGUAGGUACUCAUUUUGGGAUAUUUUAGUUGAAAGUUGAGCCUCCAUCAGGAACCAGGAUAUUAUUAACAAGACAAGAGGCUAACAUUGCAUAAAGUUACUGGUUCAGUGGUUGAACUUGUUGGCAAGACUAGCUCCCAUUGCUAAUAUAGCUGGAUCCAUAACUCCGUUAGAUGGCUAACGUUAGCUACUUGUCUUGAAUGACAGGGACUUUCUUGAAAAGCGCAUCAGACCAUGUUUUUGUACUGGUCUUACUUUCAAGAGACCAUUGUCAUUAGUUAAAUAGCUAGCUAUUUAAGUCAGUUGCUGAGGAUGACUGACUCAGAAAGUCCCCUUUCAAAUUCUGGUUUGGGAGACUUGCAGUGGCUUUGCAUGGUAACACUGUUCAUUGCAUCCAGCAUUACAUUGAUACUGUAUCUAAUACAGUAUUUUUACGACGAUCUACGGAUACAGAAGCCUGAGCAAAACAAUGCUGUUUCGGAGGAAGCGGACGCUCUGUUGGGAUGGGCGCUGUCACUGAAAAGCUGGAAAAGUCAAUGGAGAGGUGCUUGGUGCAGAGCGUUGAAUGACGAAUCGAGGAAGUCUGGGGUAAGUCCCAUGACCAAUACAAUAGUUUAUUUCGCAUUCCAAAUUACUAUGGAUUUACACGAGUUGCCUGUAGCUAAAUACAUUAAUAGCAAAGUCAGUGACAGACUUUAGAAAUAAUCUACUGUAGCACAACAAACAAACAACAUAUGAAAACAGGAUCUGUAUUAACUAAAGCUAGACCUGAGCACACAGGUGAGCCUCGUGGCAGAAGAGAUCACUGUCACAGAAUCCAGUGUCAACAAUCUUGAUUCCUGUGCCUUGCUGCUGUGCCUUGUUGUAACCUUCUCAUCUCAUACCAAAUUGUAAACAUGAUCCAUUUGUACCCUGUUCUCUGACUCUUUACUUGAAACUGUCAAAAAUGAAGUGUAAUGUUGAGUUAAUGUCAGUUGUUGGGGCAUAGCCUAUUGCUGAUCACCACCUGACCCAGGUACUCCUAACUCACACAGAGCCCAGUGCAACUAACAUUUGAAGAGGAUGGCCUUCAGUCAUCAGAGCUGGUGGUUGGCCAAGUGUCCAGCUUCAAAAAGUCUGCUGGUCAGAAGGUAAGAUAAAAUCCCUGUGUCUCAGACUGGCUCUCAUGGAAUGGCUUGCAACGAAUUGCACACAGAAUGAAAAGCUCAGUACAUGAUUCCGUAUAGCCCAGAUAUGGUUCAUGGUUGUUUUUUAAUGCUUAUUUUCCUGAUAAAAUCAAGUUUGAGAUCAAUUGGGUCAUUGUUGAACCCAGUGCAGCGUCGUCGUCUUCCUACAGCCACUUAAAUGGUUAACCACAGUUAGAAAAGAAAGCAUUUAUGCUGUUGCCAUUUCCUAAUCAAUGUGCCCUAAUGUAAUAACCCACCACUGUAGUCACUCCACUCUUCCACUGUAAUUCAAUGUAAAGGGGAGUGCUUUACUGGAGCUGCAGCCUUUUAACUUAAUUUCAGGUCCGCAGUGGCCAAUAUUCUGAUUCACACAAUGUCCAUUAGCUUCACUGGCACUUCCAGACAUUUUCCCCCUCGCCUUAAAUUGUCUGACCAGAACCAAUAGCAGCCUUUUUGCAGAUUUCAUGCAGUAAGCACAUUUUUACAACCUCCUCUCCAGCUCCAAGUUUAUGGGAUCAUCAUAUAACCAGACCCUCUACUAAAAUAAAGGUGAACAGAAUUCUCACUGUUUUUAUACAUUCUCAGAAGUUAUCAAUAAUAUUUUCACCAAUAGCAUUAGCAGAUUUUGUAUUGAAAGGAAAGCAAAGCAGGGUUUUUCCGAUAGACUAGUCUGUGUUAUUUAAGCUGCGAUAUGUAACUUUUUGGGCGACCCGACCAAAGUCAAAUAGAAAUGUGAGUUAUAGAUCUGUCAUUGUCAUUGAAAGCAAGUCUAAGAAGCAGUAGAUCUGUUCUAUGUGCGCUAUUUCAAUGAUUCCCGUUCUUACGUUUUGUUUUUGCAUCUUUUACAUUUUUGGUUUUGUACACCAGCUUCAAACAACUGAUAAUACAAUAUAUUUGGUUAUUGAAAAUAUAUUUCACAGCGGUUUAGAUGGUACAAUGAUUCUCUGCGCUUGUUUGUUUUGUCACAAACUGAAAUUAGGAGAACUAUUAGAAUUUUAGCAAACCAGGAAAUGGCGAAGCGAUUUCUGCAUAUUGCACCUUUUAAAUUCCUGCACAGCUUUUUUUGUUUAGGAUUUUCUGUAAUAUGCAAGCUCCAGAUGCUGCUUCAUUGUUUUAGACUUUGGUGAACAAAGGCUUAUCCUUGCCCAGCCUGCAUGAGUGAGUGUGCAGUAAGAAGCUUAGUAGCUGUCUCCUUAUAGCCAGCCCAGUACAGAUAAACACUAAUGGAGACAAGAGGGAACUGAUGAGGAGGGUCCUGCUGGGAGAAAUGGGCAGUAUAAUGAGAUACUUCAUGUUUGGAGCUUUCAAGUUGAUAGUGGUCACACACUGAACGGGUUAAAAAAUAAACAACACACACACAGUAAGGAAGAAAACCAGGUAAACCAGUCUGAAUGUGAACCAUGUAUGCACUUUGCAAGAAUACCACAAUUAUGGUCGGGCAUGUUUAGCACCAAGCACCUUUUUACCUCAAAUGCAUUUUUUUGUGUAACCUUGAUUACUAUAUGGUACUAUUGUAACUAUGCUGUCUGGUCUUCCCCUAGGCUGCACAAUGCAAGGUGGUUGGGGACAAGCUUCAGUUCUCCCUCAGUGCCUCACCAUCAGCCAUGUCUCCAGGAGAGCCCUGUAGGUACAGCGUGAAGAUAUCGCCACUUGAACUGCAGGUAAAUGAACACAACAGUUAUGUCCACUACAUCUGCUGCUAACAUCUGUCCCAUCCCAUCUCUAUUGGAGCAAUGCUUUAGACAAACAAAGGGAGAGUGAGGAAGAGGGGGGCAGGGCUCCUGGUUGUCUCACUGUGUUGUCUUAAUGGAGGAAGCUCUGUGAUUUAUUGAACAUGACGCACUUCAGCGUAGCUUUGCUGCUGCAAUGAGAAUCGGAUUAAAUGGCGAGGGCCUAGAGGUUGGCAAAUGUCCUGGAGACCUUUAAAUCACUGUCAGUCUAAUGUAAAAUACUGGAGGGGGUAAAGGUGCCCCUUUUUCCUUACUACCUCCACUUUUGUCAUUGGAGAAGAGUAGGAUCACAGACAUAAUCACAUACUAAUGGGUUUAAGUAAUGUUUUUGAUGUUGAGUAAUGUUCCCUUUUUUAUGCAAAACAAAGUAGAGAUGGCUUGAUACAUCCAUUUUAUUAGCGUCGUCCAUAACUGGGCACGAAUUACAGUCAAAUCUCUGUUGACUCAGGCUCACCCAUAAAGUUUAGCAAUCUAGCCUUUCCCUCUGCUGGUUAUUCCUCUAGGUUGCUUGCUGUAGCCUAGUACUACUUGUGGUUUCAUAUUGAACAUCAUGAAAGUGAGAAAGACCGCAGGAGUGUGCGUUGUGGGUAUAUUACAUAAAGCUCUAUAAGCUUCCAUCCCGUCUAAGUUAUUGAGCCAGUUGUUAAGCGGUUGCAAAUGCACGGCUAGUAAGUGGCUGUUGAAGUUAACCAAUUGAAUUAAAGCUAUUUUUAAAUAAAUAAGGUGCUUGACUUGUUAACUCGUUGCGGGCUUGAUCCUGCCGUAAAUACAGUCCAGUGAGAGGUAAAAAAUCUAAAGCCAGGAUUUGGUUUGGUCAGGACACCUUUGUUAGGGUUUUGGAUUGGUUGUUGUUUUUGGGAGGGGUAGUGGGAGGCUAUUGUUUAGUUUUUUUCACUCUCCCUUCUUCGGUUUGGUCUGGAAAAGUCCUGGGGGCAGACCUUUUGAAAUAUUUUCAUCCUUUUUCACGUUGCGACUGACUGACUCUGCCCGGCACUAGAAUGGUCCCUGUUCUUGUUAUGAGUGAUUGUGAAGGGAUAUAUUUGUACAGUAUAUUGAGACCGUGUGUUUCUCUUUCUGCCUCACUCACACGCUCUGUGGUUUUGCAGCUUAGUGCACUUUGGCCAUGUGUAACCACAGUUGUAACACAACUGUAGUAUCAUUGCAGUGGGGCAUUUAAUGUGACUCACGUGAUAGGCUACUUUAAAUGGAAUCCUUUUGUUCUCAGGUAUUAUUUCCUCAACCAUAAAAGACUAGGCUAUAUUCAUUCCCCAUUACUAUAAUGACAGUCAGUUUGUUGUUAACAUUUUCCCACACAUUGAUGAUACAUCUCCCAAAUAUUAGUGCUUCUGGCAAAAUAUGGCUGCUGUACUUUACUCACCAUUACUUGAGUCCACUUGUACUGUCCUUUAUGUAACACUAAGGCCUACACAUUUUCCGGUAUGACCAAAACUUAUUUUACUGAUCAAACUGCUAUUAUUUUUGCUAAAUCCAGGGUAUUUCAGUGGUAUCAGAAAAAGCCUUUGUUUGGUAACACAGAGUUGGCUGUACAGUCAGAGCGGAAUCUAUGCAUGCUGGGACAGGAUGGCCCAGUCACUAGUAUACAGUCUCUCCCUCUCUAGCCCUCUGUCUCCCUCCCACACUCGCUCACUCUCCCUCUCUCUCACUUACUCUCUCUUUCUCUCUCUAUGCUGGACUGCUCAAUUACAGCUCAUUGUGUUGGCUUGCACUCUGCAGGGCUGAAGCGUGUGUUUGUGUUAAGUAUGUGGUGUGUGUGAUAAUACAACAACUGUGUUGUUGCUCAUGGUGGUUCUGUUGCCCUCUGUUCCCCAGUUGGACUUACAGAUGAGGGAGGCUGAAGGAGAGGUCUGGGUGGGCUGGGGGGUGACCCAUCUGGAGACAUGGGACCUGCAGCUCAGCCCCAGCUUCACACAGGUGUGGCCCAUAGCCCACAGUCUCAGUAAAAAAAUUAAAAUAAAGGCAAUACACAUUUGAAAAACUAAGAGCUUCACUACUUCCUGAGGGUAAACUGUAAACCUGAACAUGUUUUUUUUAAUGAUGUUUCCCAAAAUCAGCAGUCCAGACAAGUCAAACUGUAAUGCAGAUGAUUGCUAGUGAUGUGAUGGUGGAGUGUUGAUUUGUUUGCUUGUCUGUCAGGACAAUGCCACAAGCCCCAGUGUGGCUGCAGUAAAGGACAGGCUGAGACAGCUGCUGUGUGCGGUGCGUCCCUCCGUGAUGCUGAGUUGCAGGCCUGCUCAGGCCACAGAGGUCAAGGUGAGAGGAAGACAUUACAGUUUGAUACGGGAACAGGGCUCCCGUGGGUCAGGACAGGACAGGAUCGUCAGUCCACAGGAAUGGGCAGUACAGGAAUAGUUAUAAACAGUUUUUUUUGGGGGGGGGGGGGGGGUCGGAUAGAAAUAUGUAACGUGUGGAGAGAGAAAAAACCUGUGCGUAGGCCUAAUAUAGUUUACUAAAUAAAUGUAGCCAUGAAUAACUUUGUUGUAGCCAGGCUCACUCUCGCGCGCCUCGCUCCAGUUGUAGCCAGUCACUAAUUACCUCAGAUGCACGCAGAGACAUACACAAUUGCACGUCCAUAUCAUGAGUUCAUCUGACUCUGGGUAAGUAGAAGGGCUGCCUUCAUGGCCUAAAUCUCGUAAAUGUCUCGCGAGCGUUGAGCAGUAGCCAAACGGAGCAGUUGCUAUGGCUACUCACAAGCAGAGCGCACUAUAGCAUUAGUGGAUACUCAAACUGCUCUCAGGCCAGGUCUUCCGGUUUUGACUAGCAGAAGUUACUUUUCAUUGCAGGUUAGGAGAAUUAACGUGGCAGGUUAGGAGAAUUAGGUUAGGGUUAGCUAAAAUGCUAAAAUUGUCCCUGACGCGACUCAAAUAUAUCUAGGUACAACCUGCCCUGAGAACAGUCUUGGUUUCCACUAAAGCCAUUCUACACGCAGAGCGGGGGACAAACGAGCAGCUAACGGAGGAGGUUAUUUCUGAUUUCUGCUCGUGAAAAUGAGUACGGGACAGGAGUGAUUUUUAUCGGGGCGGGACAGGAAAGUUCCGGUGUUAUGGAACUGUUGCGGCAUCAGGACAGUACGGGAAAAUGUUGACAUGACGGGACAGGAAUACAUUUUCACUCCUGUGUCAACCUCUAGAAGACAUACAACAACAAAUGCACCCUGUCAGCACAUCGUGCGCCUGUCACCCGUUGGCCGUUUCUAUACCUCUCUAUUGAUAGAUUGCCUGAUAUUCAGAAGCACUGAAUAUCAACAUAGUUAGGUUUCUUAGUCUCUACACCAUGCAUUCCUGAGUCAGGUGUGUUAAUGCUGGGCUGGAACAAAAGCAUGCGCACCCUGUAGCUCUACACUACUCUCCACUACAUGAAAUAUGGAAGUGCCUAAUAUCGGCAUGUUCUCUAUCCCCUUCUCUAGGAGGCCUGUAAGAAGGUGACAUCACCCCCCAAGCCCCCCCGCGCUCACGACUGGAAGCUGCUGGUGAAGAAUAUCCGGGUGACAUGUAAGGAGCAGGAGGACUGUGCUGCAGGUGAGGUUCAACCAUGGACACAUGGGUAAAACAAUGAAGCUUUGUUACAGCUCCACAUGUGCCUCAUCUUGAGGUGGCUGCCAGCAGAGAUAACAGUAGCAUGGACCUCAAGGAGCCGCUGAGACUUGUUAUUUUCUGAUGUCAGUUGAACCCAUUGAACCCGACUCACUGUUGUUCCAAACUCCCCUACGGUAGCAGGCCUGUCAGAGCUGCAGCUCAUCACCCACAGCAGGGAGAGAGAAGAGCGUCUCUCCCUGAAUACAUUACUGUUGAUAAUUAGAUGUGUGGUGUUCAGCACUUCUCUCCCCCCAGUUGCUCCUUUUUCAUUAAAGCGAAGAGGACAACUAUGCUGAUAGGGUUUAUUGAUGAAAUGUGCAGUGUGGCCAAUAGCCAAGGAAGCAGCAGCUAUUCAAUAGGCAGGGCAACUUGUGUCUCUACCAGUUGAUGCAUUAUUCAUUCAGUUACAAGCCUGAAAGCCAGACCUACUUUAUCUCAGCCAUUGACAUGUACACUGAUAUUCCUAAUAUUGAGUUGAACCACCCCUUUUCCCUCUACAAGGUGUCGAAAGCGUUCCACAGGGAUGCUGGCCCAUGUUGACUCCAAUGCUUCCCACAGUUGUGUCAAGUUGGCUGGAUGUCCUUUGGUUGGUGGACCAUUCUUGAUAUACACGGGAAACUGUUGAGCGUGAAAAACCCAGCAGCGUUGCAGUUCUCGACACACUCAAACCUACCUGGCACCUAGUACCAUACCCUGUUCAAAGGCACUUAAAUCUUUUGUCUUGCCCAUUCACCCUCUGAAUGGCACAUAUACACAAUCCAAGUUUCAAUUGUCUCCAGGCUUAAAAAUAUCUCUUUAGCCUGUCUCCUCCUCUUAAUUUAUACUGAUUGAAGUGGAUUUAACAAGUUACAUCAAUAAGGUAUCACCUGGAUUCACCUGGCCAGUCUGUCAUGGAAAGAGAAAGUGUUCCUAAUGUUUUGUACACUCAGUGUAAAUGUACUAGUCACUACAAGUUACCACCAUGCUAUUAACCCUUCUCCUGCAAUUUCCUCAGCCCGCGAAAAUCUAAUUUACAUAACAAUAGAAAAAACAUCAAAAUCCAUCUGUUUCAGCUAGAGAGAUCUGUUUUUUUGCAUGAGCUGCGUCUCAAUCCACCCCAUCCGCCGAUAUCACCCUUCCGCAUCUGCGGUGAAAGGUGGCAGAGCUAGAUCUGUGUUUGUCAGACCAUGAGACGUCCCGAAAAUCGGUCUUCUCACGAAAACAUCUGUAGCGUCCGAACGGUUUGGCCUACAAACUAUUAUGACCCCUCUGUGGAAAGGAGCAAGACUAGGAACAAGACUCAUCUGAAGGUCCCAGGUACCAGUUUAAAAAAUGAAUGGAAGUAUAUAUGGAGAUAGUUUAGUGCCUAAAAUAAGGGGUUAAAUACAUGUCCCAAAAUUGGACACACCUACUUGUUCCAGGGUUUUUCUUUAUUUUUACUAUUUCCUACAUUGUAGAAUAAUAGUGAAGACAUCAAAACUAUGAAAUAACACAUAUGGAAUCAUGUAGUAACAAAAAAGUGUUAAACAAAUCAAAAUAUAUUUUAGAUUCUUCAAAGUAACCACCCUUUGCCUUGAUGACAGCUUUGCACACUCUUGGCAUUCUCUCAACCAGCUUAGCCUGAAAUGCUUUUCCAACAGUCUUGAAAGAGUUCCCACAUGCUGAGCACUUGUUGGCUGCUUUUCCUUCACUCUACGGUCCAUUGGGUUGAGGUUGGGUGAUUGUGGAGGCCAGGUCAUCUGAUGCAGCACUCCAUAACUCUCACUAAAAUAGCCCUUACACAGCCUGGAGGUGUGUUGGGUCAUUGUCCUGUUGAAAACAAAUGAAAGUCCCACUAAGCCCAAACCAGAUGGGAUGGCAUAUCGCUGCAGAGAGCUGUGGUAGCCAUGCAAAAAUCAUCUGUUCACCUACUCUGCGUCUCACAAAGACACGGCGGUUGGAACCAAAAAUCUCUAAUUUAGACUCAUCAGACCAAAGGACAGAUUUCCACGGGUCUAAUGUCCAUUGCUCGUGUUUCUUGUCCCGUGUUUCUUGGCCCAAGCAAGUAUCUUCUUCUUAUUGAUGUCCUUUUAGUAGUGGUUUCUUUGCAGCAAUUCGACCAUGAAGGCCUGAUUCACACAGUCUCCUCUGAAUAAUAAUAUGAACAGUUGAUGUUGUGAUGUGUCUGUUACUUGAACUCUGUGACGCAUUUAUUUGGGCUGCAAUUUCUGAGGCUGGUAACUCUAAUGAACUUAUCCUCUGCAGCAGAGGUAACUCUGGGGCUUCCUUUCCUGUGGCGGUCCUCAUGUGAGCCAGUUUCAUCAUAGCGCUUGAUGGUUUUUGCGACUGAACUUGAAGAGACGUUCAAAGUUCUUGAAAUGUUCCGUAUUGACUGACCUUAAUGUCUUAAAGUGUUGAUGGACUGUCAUUUCUCUUUGCUUAUUUGAGCUGUUCUUGCCAUAAUAUGGACUUGGUCUUUUACCAAAUAGAGCUACCUUCUAUAUACCACCCCUACCUUGUCACAACACAACUGAUUGGCUCAAACGCAUUCAGAAGGAAAUAAAUUCCACAAAUGAACUUUUAACAAGGCACACCUGUUAAUUGAAAUGCAUUCCAGGUGACUACCUCAUGAAGCUGGUUGAGAGAAUGCCAAUAGCAUUUAUUUAUCAAGGCAAAGGGUAGCUAUUUGAGGAAUCUCAAAUUUAAAAUAUUUGUUUAACACUUUUUUUUUUGGUUACUGCAUGAUUCCAUGUGUGUUAUUUUAUAGUUUUGAUGUCUUCAUAAAAAAUUAAGAAAAACCCUGGAAUGUGGAGGUGUUUCCAAACUUUUGACUGGUACUGUGUAUAUAUAUAUUCGUUUUCUGAUCUUUCUGAUAUCUUUCAGAUAUAGGACAGACAUUUCAGAACAAACUUCGUUUCAAUAUUUUUUGGGACUAUUUGUUGUUCCAUGUAGUGACUCUUUUAUUCAAUGCGUUUCUAUGAGCUAAUAGCAGUAAUGCCAAAUUCAAAAAUGCCUUAAGGGGUCUUUAAACUAAAGUGUUCAGACCAUAGAAAUAGAAUGAACUCAUUCUAGUUCUGUGGUUCAGACAUCGAACGUCAACUACAAUUUGUAUUUUCUUUUACAAUUUUCUUUCGUUUUCACAAUUAAUUGAACAUCAACAUAAUCGAAUUUUCAAACAUCCUAAUGCUCAUGACUUGGCUUGUCAGUGUACUGUAUUGACUGGUAUUUAGAUAUCCCCAACCAACCUCAAUGUUUGAUUUGUAUGCGGACGUGCAUUUCUGUUGAACUCCUCUUCUGUUGUGUUUGCACUUCGCAGGCAGUAUGAAUCCCCUGUGUGUGCUGCAGCUAGACGACCCUCCACAGAAAUUCUCCACUUCAGUCCUACAGAACACAGCCAGCCCAGCCUGGGACCAGCCCUUCAUCUUGUGAGUCCAGACUCGAGAUCCACUGCUGCAACUGCUGCUGCUGCCAGAGUCUUUACAGAGUCCCCUUUUAUAUGGAAAACUUUAUAUGAAAAAAUGAAGCUAGUAGCCAUUAUAGUGGCUUGUGAGCUCAAUCUUUUAGUAAACACUUGCCAACCAGUCGCAUAAUAUCCAACCCAAAGUCCCUCUCUCUUCCUCAUUGUCUUUCUGUUGCUCGUUUUCAGUUUUGUAAAUGUUUCUCUUUCUCUCACCCAGUGAGCUGAAUGGACGAUCAAAAGAGCUCAAUAUUCAGCUGCUGGAUGAUGGGAAACCUCAGAGUAAGUAUAUAUUUGUUUUGUAUCUCUAAAUGUAGGCACAGGGUGAGGUAAGGACACUAAUAAUGUCUGAUACACACCCACAACAGUUGAAUUUAAGAACAAUUUAAGCUUUUUAUCGCCCUUAAAAUAUGUCUGACAGCCUUAAAAUGUCCUCUAUCAUUUUGUCUGUCAUUUUACUCAUACAGUGACUUAUUGUUGUUUGUGUGCAAAAUUACACGUAUGAAGUCUUGUUAUAGCAAACUGAUUGGGAUGUGUUGUCUUCCUGACAGACUCCUUACUGGGUCAAAUGUCCGUGCCUUUUGAUCUGGUGAAGAAGCAACCCAAAGGACAGCAAACAUUUGCACUCAUUACCAAAGACCAAGUGACUGGGUCACUUAUUGCUGAGGCAAGAUAACUAGCUUUUUUAAGGCCCAGUGUGUUUUAUAUAUAUUUCCACACUAUGAGGUUGGAAUAAUACUGUGGAAUUGUGAAAAUUAUGAUAAUGCCCUUUUACUGUAAGAGCUGUUAGAAAAGACCACCUGAAAUUUCAGCUUGUUUUGGUGGGAGUUAGUUUUGACCUGCCUGGGUUAACAGACCAAUAAGAAGGAGUUCCAAACCACUCUGCCAAUAACAGCUAGUUUUCCAUUUUCUGCUCCCCACUCCCAGACAGUCCUAGCUAAAUUCUUGCUUGAGAAAUUGCUCUUUGUUAAGAGGCUAUUUUUGUUUAUUUUUGACCAUUUUAUUGAAAGCAUUUACAGUAAGUUACAUAAUUGUUACCCAGAAAUUAUUUGAAAUUGAAAUAAAAACGGCAGCAUUGGACCUUUAAACGUCUUAAUACAUAUCAAAUUCAUAUCCAACACCUUACCAUUUUACACAAUGAAUUUGAAGUUUUAUUGAAAUUCUUGAACCACUAUGAUAGUCAUGUCAUUCCAUCCUUUCUCUCGUCCCCCAGUUUACCUACUUGGAACCCAGCGAGGUGCGGUCGUGGCAGCCCCCUACUCCAGCCCCCACUAAGAGAGUGGAGAUGGACCGCACGGUCAUGCCCUGCGGUACUGUGGUCACCACAAUCACUGCAGUGAAGAGUAAACCAGCUCGACCACUACUGCCUGGACUCAGCACAAAUCCAACCCAGCGUACGUAUUUAAUCUUUAACAAUACAAUUAAUGUUUAAGAUGGAACCCCAAAAGUAUGGCGGUAAGAGCCAACUAGAUGGAAAAUCUGUUGAUGUGCCCUUGAGCAAGGCACUUAACCUGAAUUGCUCCUGUAAGUCGCUCUGGAUAGGCUUUUGGACUUUUUUUCAACACGACUGCCUCUAGUCUAGGCAUUACUAUGAGAUGUUGCUUACAGGAGAUGGGCUCAGAUUAUUUUAAAUCAAAUGUAUCGAAUGCAAUUACCGGUAUUAUUGUCAAUAAGUUGAUAAGGAACUUAUCCAAAUGAUCUUGUAUGUUUUCAGAGACCCCCUUGAAGCCUCCCAGCGGCACCAAGUCCAAGCUGUCGUCUCGGAGGGUGUCAGAGCAGCCAUCCAUGCGGGGGACCAUGGGGAGCAAGGCCCUGUCCUCCUCAGACACAGAGCUGCUCAUGCUCAACGGGUCCGAUCCCGUGGCAGAGGCCGCCAUCCGCCAGCUCCACGAGUCAGCCAAGCAGAAGCUCAAGUCCCCGGUCAAGAAGAGCACCAUCAUCAUCUCAGGAGUGGCCAAGGUACCAUAAUAAUACAUAAGAUUUGUUUAGGGCUUUUCUGAAACCCAAAGACACUUAAACUCAAAGGCAUACGAUACAGAGCAGCUAGGCAGUACACUCCAAAGGUCAAAUAGGGGAUGCUUAUAUUUGUCGUGUUUCACUUUACAAGUGGAUAACCUGCACAAGUGUGAAAUGCAAAUGUUUUUUUGCAUAUCCAAACCCCCACUGAGAUUGGGGUCACAAUCAGGGAUCAGCCAUUAUUGAUUGCGACCCUGGAGCAAUUAGAGUUAAGUGCCUUGCUCAAGGGCAGAGCAAAAUAAAAUUCACCUUGUUGGCUCAGGGAUUCAAACUAGCAACCUUUAGGUUACUGGCCCAAAGCUCUAACCGCUAGGCUACUCUCUACCUCUUAGAGGCUCUUCAGCUCUUCUUUUUGAAAUGUUAACAGUGGGUUUUCUAUUCUGUACUCCAUUUCCUAGACCCCUCUGUCUCAGGAUGAUGAGAUGGCCUUGAUGGCGGGCUACGCUGCUGCGAUGGAUGCCUCCAUGUCGGAGGGGGGUUCUCAGGAGAUUGCUGUGAAGACUGCGUCAGUAGUAGGAGCCAGUAGCAACCCCCCGGCGGUGGCGGACCCCCAGGAGGGCCCCAGUGGACUGGCCCAGGCUCAAGCCCAGCAUGCCCCGGAGGACUGGGAGAGCCAAGCAGAAGAGGACCCAGACAAAACCUCCAUGUCCCUCUGCAUCUCAGAGUCUGGCUCCAAAAAGAGCAAGGGUGAGAGUUUAUGGAAUGCCAACACUGUGGCAGAUCUUCAAGAUCUUAUUGUUGUGUCUAUUUUUAGCCUUAUUCUCUCCUAAAAUAUUCUACUGGGCAUAUCACUUUGGUAACUCUCUUACACUACUCAAGUCCUAAUGAUCCUGGUCACCACUCCAGUCUGUUAUUUUCAGUGUCUGUCUCUCUCUCUUUUUACAUCUUGUUGAUCUGAUUUCUCAUUUUUCCUUCCUCCUAUCUCCACCCUUCCCUUGUCACUUUAUUAUCUGCCAUCUUAAAGAGGAAACCAUUGCUAACCAGAAAUGUUUUCUUGAAGAGUAAGUUACCUCACAAGCAGCUCUUAGUAGCUUGGUACAGUAGUGACUAGACUAGAAUGCUGUCCAUCUAUGAAAUGUGACAUUCACAUUUUCUUUCAGAUGGUAUAACAUCCUUUUAAUUUUAGGCUGCAACAGCUCCCAGCUGAGUUGUAGGAGCAGUUUUAGGUGCAUUUCUGUCAAGGUCGGUGCCAUUUUUCUAGACCAGAGUUAGGGCUGGGUGAUAUGGCCUAAAAAUCAUAUCUCAACGAUUCACAAUAUCUCGAUUUUUAAAAUGUUUUCUCUAAAUAAGCUUUGUUGUACAAUUAAAGGUCAGAUACACUGCAUUUCAAUAAUCUAAUGAAUUUCCGGUUUGUGAAAUGAUAUGCUUUUUUGCAAUAAUCACUGAUCUGGCUUUCAAGUCUGUCUGAAAAUGCCCUUUUUGUUAAAAAUGUAACCAGAACUAUGCAUAAUGCACAUUCACUAAUAAUGACUAACUUCUUGUAGCAGGCAUUACAGAAAAAUAACAUCAGUUUAUGAGACUAUCUCAAGCACAUGCCCACGUGCUAGUGAGUUGCCAGCUAAUCUUUAUAUUUCAAGUUUAGCGAACUUGGAACUACAGUGCAUUCGGAAAGUAUUCAGACCCCUUGACUUUUUCCACAUUUUGUUACAUUACAGCCUUAUUUUAAAAUUGAUUUAAUUGUUUUUUCCCCCUCAUCAAUCUACACACAAUACCCCAUAAUGACAAAGCACAUCGUGUUCAAGUCCGGGCUCUGGCUGGGCCACUCAAGGACAUUCUGAGACUUGUCCUGAAGCCACUCCUGAGUUGUCUUGGCUGUGUGCUUAGGGUUGUUGUCCUGUUGGAAGGUGAACCUUUGCCCCAGUCCGAGGUCCUGAAUGCUCUGGAGCAGGUUUUCAUCAAGGAUCUCUGUACUUUGCUCUGUUCAUCUUUCCCUCGAUCCUGACUAAUCUUCCAGUCCCUGCCGCUGAAAAACAUCCCCACAGCAUGAUGCUGCUGCCACCACCAUGCUUUACCGUAGGGAUGGUGCCAGGUUUCCUCCAGACGUGACACUUGGCAUUCGAGCCAGAGUUCAAUCUUGGUUUCAUCAGACCAGAGAAUCUUGUUUCUCAUUGUCUGAGUCCUUUAGGUGGCUUUUGGCAAACUCCAAGCGGGCGUCAUGUGCCUUUUACUGAGGAGUGAUUUCCGUAUGGCCACUCUACCAUAAAGGCUUGAUUGGUGGAGAGCUCCAGAGAUGGUUGUCCUUCUGGAAGGUUCUCCCAUCUCCACCGAGGAACUCUGGAGCUCUGUCAGAGUGACCAUCGGGUUCUUGGUCACCUCCCUGACCAAGGCCCUUCUCCCCUGAUUGCUCAGUUUGGCCGGGCGGCCAGCUCUAGGAAGAGUCUUGGUGUUUCCAAACAAAUUCCAUUUUAAGAAUGAUGGAGGCCACUGUGUUUUUGGGGACCUUCAAUGCUGCAGACAUUUUUUGGUACCCUUCCCCAGAUCUGUGCCUCGACACAGUCCUGUCUUGGAGCUCUAAUUCCUCCGACCUCAUGGCUUGGUUUUUGCUCUUACAUGCACUGUCACCUGUGGGAACUUAUAUAGACAGGUGUGUGCCUUUCCAAAGCAUGUCCAAUCAAUUGAAUUUACCACAGGUGGACAACAAUCAAGUUGUAGAAACAUCUCAAGGAUGAUCAAUGGAAACAUAAUGCACCUGAGCUCAAUUUCGAGUCUCAUACCAAAGGGUCUGAAUACUUAUGUAAAUAAGGUUUUUCUGUAUUUUAUUUUCAAUAAAUUAGCAACAUUUUCUAAAAACCUGUUUUCACUUUGUCGUUAUGGGGUAUUGUGUGUAGAUUUAUAAACAUUUUUUAGUUAAUCCAUUUUAGAAUAAGGCUGUAAUGUAACAAAAUGUUGAAAAGGGGAAGGGGUCUGAGUACUUUCCGAAUGCACUUUAUUUGCUAGUUAACAAGGUAGAACAGUUGAAUUGUUAGUCUUUGGCUAAAAUGCUGCUAGCAGUACUUGAUACCGCAAUGAUGCGGGCGACAAAUUUAGCAUUCAUUUUCCAGACUCAAUGUUCAUUGAUACUACCGUUUGAGUAGUGUCUGCUCUGCGCGCAAUUUGAGUUGAGACAUAAAAACGGUAUCGUUAGAACGGUUAACUUCUCUUCUAUUACAGUAAAAUAAUGUCUCAAUGUGUUUCGGUGUCCAUACGACAGAUUAUGUUGGACCAAACCUCAAAAGCAAAUAGCGAGUUGAAACCGCUUGUCAGACAGGAAGAAGUGAUCUCUCAUCUUUGUUGUUGUGAGUGGCAGGCUUGGUGUGUGUAAAUGGGAAGGUGCACAGUAUAAGUCUUCAAGGAUCCACCUGUACCUGAGACCCGAUCCGGGACCCAGAAUUCUAAAUAAUAUCACGGGUCUGGGUCGGAUUUGAUAUGAUUGUCAUGGGUCUCGGUUAUGUGUAAUUUUAACUGACUUGUCCGGAAGGGCCCGUACAGAUCUGAACACAACUGCUGCAGUAGAAAGCGAGAGAGAGAAAUUGUUUGAUUUAUGCUGCUGCUCUUGCUUUUCACGAGUGGAGCGUGAUGCGUGUAGCUUGUAGUUGUUGGCUAAUCACAAGUCAUCAAAGCGGCAAUAGGCCCCAGUCAUAGAGCCUCCCUGUGGCAAAAGUUAGUAUACGGAUAGGCUUCAACGGCCAAAAGCCAACAGGUAACGUUAGGCUGCUAUUUAGUCUAUUAGUCUUGAUUGUCCAUCUUCCUGAAUUAAAAUUGUAUAUUCUAACAGAUCAAUCUUGCCGGCAAAAUGUCAUUAAAUAUUAUUGCAAAGUUAUUUAGCUAUUGUGUGGAUGUAGGGCUGUUAUUUUUUUGUAUAUAAUGUGCACCCAGAUGCAGCAUAGGCAACACAAUAGUAUCAGACAGACAAGCUGGCCCGGGGAAACAUUUUUGCAGGCCGCCUCUGCUUUGGCUGCUAUGUUGCAAUAUUAAUGAGUGACAAUUUACAAUUGAUCCUACAGUUUCUAAAGAUCUGCGUGCCAGUUAUGAUUUUCAUAUAAGCAUUGUAGGCUACUCGACUGUUCCCAGAAACUGCCCACAAACUGAAUAGCCUAGCCUAAUUCUAGCUGGCUACAAGACAGAAAUGCUGUCCAUUCAGCCACACCCCACGGAGCUCCACUAUGCCUACCUGUACCGAGGCGCUGUCCAGCAGUGCUGAAUCACAGGAACGGCCUUAAUGUGUCGAUUUUUCUUAAUUCCUUGUAGAUUGUAGGCCUAAGUAAUUCCUUUGUGUGCCUUUUUAUUUCAAUGCAUGUGUAGGAUUUAUCUGGUAUAGUUUGCAUUCGCAGUCAGCUGUUUUAUGCUUUGGUUACUUUCACAUUGAUGUCGGUAUUUGAAGUGGGCCUUGAUAGCGUGUAUUAUGUAUCUAUUUCAUGUUGCAGUGUAUGCACUGUUCCACAAGUAGGCUAAAUGAGUCAAUGUAGCCUACAGUAUGUAUGAUGAGUUUGAGUAGUACAUUGUACACACCAUUCCACAGACCUUUAAACCUAAUAUAAACCUAAUAUUGGGGUGAUAAUGUCUGUGGGUCAUUUUGUUUUUGCUGUUCUCCAAAUAGCAUUUUAGUGUUUUAAAAUUGUGUAGAAGUACAGUAAAUGAGCUUCAUCUGGUGGAUGUAUUUCUACACCCCACUUUGCCAUACCCUAGGUUUAGCCGAACUGACACCACUGCCACCCCCAAAACGCAGCACCCCCACCCCCAAACGACUUCCCGCGACUAUGUAGAGGACACUAUCUCACAGUUACUGUUGAAUUAUGUUAAUUUACGACAACCUCGUCUGGUUUUCUCCUCUUCCUCCCACCAGGAGGCGGCUUGCUGCAAAAGAGUGCCAAACUGUUCUUCCGCCGGCGCCGCCAGUGCAAGGACCCGGGUAUGAGCCAGUCGCACAACGACCUGGUGUACCUGGAGCAGCCUGUGACGGUGGACCAGGAGAAACGCACGGCCACUUUCAGCCGGAUGUUGAACCGCAAGCUGCUGCCCAAGAGCAAGAGCAAAGCCAACGGCUCCACCACCACCCCGACACCGACUCCCACCCUGGAGGAGCAACACGCAGCCUGACUCCCCCUCCGAUAGUUCUGGAGCCCCGCAAGCCGCCACUCCUCCUGCCUCUAACCCCUUCUUUAGUCCUCCAGCCCCCCACUCCACCACCCCUACCACCCUCCUCUAGUCCUCUAGCCCCCCAUGCCUCAUCCACUUCUACCACCUUGCACUGACCGAGAGAUCCCACUUCCCGAUCCGUGAAUCCUCCACUACUAGUUGGGAAAAUAUUAUCUUUAUCUCCUUCUGCUCUUCCUUCACCCUCACCUUGUUUUGAAGCAAACAUAUUUGACAGGGAGUAUAUCUGUUUGGGUGAUGCUAAUUUUAAUUGCUUUCACCUUCAUGCCAUUUCAUGAGAUCAUUUUUUCGUUUGAUUUAAUUUGACCUUUUUUUGCAACAUUAUUGCAACAUUCUGUAUUUGUGGCCUUCUAAACCUUGAGAAGAACUACUGGCGGCCAGCCUGGACCCUCGUCCAAUCAGAGGGUAGUAAGGGCAACCUGAUGGGGUCUGAUAGAAGGUGGACCAAAGGAGAGAAGAGUGGUGUUGACAUAAUUUGAACAUUUCUAGAUACAUUUUCUAGGUUGUACACUCAAAUUUUAAAGUGUAAUGACGAGAACUGUUCUUGAUAGAGGUUAGCUACACUGAGUAUACCAAACA